CAACUGUACAUGCACCAAAUUGUGUCAGUAGUGGUAUAAGCACAUUGACUAGCUAACUUGUAAGCUACUUUUGACACAGGGCUGCUACGUAAUUUUCUACACCGAGUAACUAAAGUAAUCCACCACCGAGCGUGCACGGAUGUAUUGUACUAUACAAAUCUCAUAAUAUCAUGGAAUAAGUAAGUAGGCAAGCAAGCACGCACAAACAAACCCCGGGCGGACAUUCAUACAAGUCUCCAAAGCCAAGAUGCAUACUGCCAUAUUAACUUAUUUUUCUCUCCUAGUUAGUGGACUUGCCACUUUGUUAGGAGAACGACAUCUAUUUCAACCCAUCCCAAGAGAUAAUUCCACGCAUGUAGAUGCAGUAAAUAUGCUUACAUGUUUGUCCGCGUCCGGCUUUCCAGGCAACACAGUUAUAGCCACUGACGAUGCACAAUCACUAACACUUGUAAGCAAUAUGACCGAAAUUGAUACUGAUACCCUCGAUCCCGUAAUGGCGAGGUGCUUUAAUUCGUUUGCUUACGGGCUGUCUUUUUCACACUAUAAGUAUGUCAAUUUCCCAGAUGAUGAUAAUUUGCGUCCUGUUACCUCCUUGGAGGACGCGUUAGCUAAUCCAGAUUCGCUACCUGAGUUCCUUCGUCUGAAGCGCAUAUGAACUGCAUCAAUCUGGAAUAGUAAACGAGGAGAUUACAUAAGUUUAUGUGAAAAGACAAGGGGUGCAGUAGUAACGAGCAGUUUGUGACGCCCUCAGAUGUAUGUCAAGAUGACUUGAAGAAUCCGUUUUAUGCUUUACCAAGCUAAUAAGCCGACAUACAAUAAGUAGUUAAUCAUUCAUGUUUGGCCCCACCACCAUUGUGAGAAACAUAAUGAACAUACUGAGUAUGUUUCGACUGGUCUGGCUGAAUAAGAUUGACACUUGGUCGUUUCAUUUAGUUCACCAGAUCCCUGGACAUAUUACUAUCCUUGUCCAUAGUACUUAAGCGUCCAAUUCCAAUAGACAUUAUAUUAUACGUAUGGAGACUAUUUGUUUGGUUAUUCGGUAUGAAUAAGCUUAGACGAGCUCUGUGCUGUUUACGGCCAUACCUAAGCGAAAACACCAGUUCCCGUCCAUUCCAAUGAACAUUCUUGGCAUUCAUAUGAUACUAAAGAGGUAGUACUACUCAUAUUACAACAAAUCACUUACUGUAAGUUUACUUAUAAUCAGUCAGUCUUCUAUAUCUUUGAAUAACCAAUUCGGCUUCCAUUUGACA